CCAGGGUCGGGCGGGAGCGCGGCGGUCGCGGCCUGGGACCCUGGCUUCUGGGCGUCCGCAUGGGGUUGCUGGGGCCGCGGGGUUGGCCGCAGCGGCCAGUUGCUGCGUCGGAACCGCCCAGGACGCGUUGCUCACAAAACUUUGUGAAAAGUGGAAAACGUCUUUCCAUCCACUUCAGAUCAGAUUGCCAGACUUGGAAGAUGCAACACAACCCGUGGGGGAUAUUGCCUCACUUCCAGGGCUUCCUGAAAUACCGUUCCCAUGAAAAUCAUUCAUGAUGCAUUUCAGAUCUUCUUCCCUGAGCCUUGAAGCAAGUUGCGAGCCCUGGUGACACUGUUACCCUUGUUCAGGAAGUGGAAGGUUUCAGCAGCCCUGACCAGGCUCAAUGGCUCUGGGUGAAGAAAAGGCAGAGGUGGAAGCAUCCUUGGACACAAAGGCCCAUCCCUAUGGGAGGUGGAGCUGCAGGGAGCAGGAGGUGGACACUCUGGGGCCAGUGAGCAGGGAGAACCCGGCCCGCCUGGAAGCUGAGGGAGGGCCCGCCUCCCCUGUGUGGGGGGCAGAGGGGCUGCUGGCCCCUGGCUGUUCACCAGGAGCUCUCCAGCAGCAGGCUAGCAGCACCAGCAGGGAGUCAGUAGCUGGUGAGUCUCAGCCUGCUCUCGGCUGCCUGCAUCCUCCUGCUGGCAUGAGGACUGGAGACACCUUGCCCUCUGUGGGAAGCCAGUUGGAGGAGACCGAGCUUUCUGCCUCGGAGGAGCUACCUCAGACCCUCACUGCUCCCAGAACUGCAGCCCUUUGCUCAGGACAUGAUGCUGAUACUGAAGAUGACCCCCGAGUCGAGUCGCCCCAGGUGCUGGACCUCAGCCAGCAGCCUCACGUCUCAGGGUUCCCUUUCUCGUCAAGGUGGAUGUCCAGGGUGAGCCCAGGUACCACUGCUUCUCCUGAGCUUUCUAGCCGCAGCAUCUCUGCCUCAUCCCCGGUCAGCAGUCUCCAGAGCUGCCAAGACAAGACAGAGCCUCAGAGUUGCUCCCCUGCCAAAGUCUCCUCCUCUCUGGACCUGGUCGCCCCCCACUUGCCCCCGUCUGUGGUGGGACCAGGGCCUCGGCUCCACUGGUCACCUCAACCUGUGUCUUCUGAAGGUGGAGCUGCUGGGCCGGGCAGGAGGCGCCUCUCCUUCCAGGCGGAGUACUGGGCUUGCGUGCUGCCAGAUUCCCUGCCUCCUUCCCCUGACCGCCGCUCCCCUCUCUGGAACCCAAAUAAGGAGUAUGAAGACCUGCUUGACUACACUUAUCCUCUGAGGCCUGGGCCUCCGCUCUCAAAGCAUCUUGGCAGCCGCAUGCUGACUGAGCCUGUGCUGCAGGACUCUGGCGUAGACCUGGAUAGCUUCUCUGUCUCCCCAGCGAGUACCCUGAAGUCACCCACUAAUGUGGCCCGUAGUUGCCCACCAGCAGAGGCCACUGCCCUGCUCUUCUCAGGGCCCAGAGAGCCAGGCCUUAAGCGCUGGUCCCCUGGAGUGCCCCAGAAGCAGGGCAGCGUGGGUUUGCUCUCUUGUAGCCAGCUCACAUCCACUCCCAGAGCCUUAGGCAGUAGGGCUGUUCCCUGGCAGAGCAGAGAGGCAGCCCUGAGGAGCCCAAAGGUCUGGCUCCCCGUGGGCACGCACCCUGAGGGGAGCUCUCCUACACUGAGGACACAGGGCGGAGGGUGGCCCUCUUCCAAGCCAGAAAGGGAGAAGGGGGCUGGCCAGAGUGCCCCACGCCCCACCUGCGUUGCAUCUGGAUGGGAAGCAGAAGAGGAGGUAGAAAGUGAAGACGAGUAUCUUGCCCUGCCCACUCGUCUGACACAGGUUUCUAGUUUGGUUUCAUAUCUAGGUUCUGUUCCCACCCUGGUACCCCUGCCCACCGAGACCGCCAAAGGACAGAGCUCCCUGGAAGUCUCAGACAGUGAGGGGCUAGCUUCACUCCCAUCAGACUCUACUCAAAGCCGGCUUCCCUCCAUGACUACACUCCCAGAGUCCCGGGACCCUGGGGGCCAGAACCACUGUUUCCUGCGCUCCUUGGUCCAGGCCCAAGACUCUGCAGGGGAAGGCAGUCUGGUGAGCAGCCAGGCCCUGGGGGUGCCCUCCGGACCGCUGAGAGCACACACCUGCCAGGCCGUGCUGGACCAGCGGGUAUUCUCAGACCCGGAUGCAGACAGGCAGCCUCCCAGGAGACAAGAGCAGGGAAAAGAAUCGCUUGUGCAAUGUGUGAAGACAUUUUGCUGUCAGCUGGAAGACCUGAUCCACUGGCUGUAUAACGUAGCAGACGUGACCAACCACUUGAUUCCACCCAAGUCCAGUCUUACUGGCCUCAAGUCUUCUCUGCAGCUUUACCGGCAAUUUAAGAAAGAUAUAGACGAACACCAGUUCCUGACAGAGAGCGUCUUACAGAGUGGGGAGAUUCUUCUUCAGUGCCUGCUGGAUAACACUCCAGUUUUAAAGGAUGUCCUGGGGAGGAUCGCAGCACAGUCUGGCGAGUUGGAGAGCCAUGCAGACCAUGUAUAUGACUCUAUCUUAGCCUCUUUGGACAUGCUGGCUGGUUGCACCCUCACCGCUGACAAUAAGCCAGUGACAGCAAAGGAACACCAAUGUGAAGGGCUCUAACCAGGCAUCUUCUCAGGCAGAGAUGUAAUCUGUCAGCCAAAACCUGGCUGGCUGGUGGGAGAAACAAACUUCCAGGAAGCCUUUGCAAGAGCCAUUUAAAACUGAAGUCAAGAGGAAAAUAACUCUUAACUUCUAGCUUUAAACGCCCUCCUUUUCCACGAAGUAAGGGCUACUGAGUUACUGUAAAAUAGUUUCUUCCAAACCAAGGUUUUCGGUGCUUCUCUACAAAGAGCAUGUGGCUUUUCAGUUUUUGAGAGUAAUGAUGAUAAAAAGACUUCCUCCCCGCCCCCCCAUCCAGUUCAAAAGAGCAUCCAGAGCUCCUAAACUUUCCACCUGCUGAGAUGAUCGCAAGGCUAGUAGAAGUUACCAAACACUUGAUAUUUUCAGGGAUACAAGGCGGCCCAAGAGACUGCAAAAGUGAAUGGUUGGCCAGGGGCUUGGAUCUUUUUAUAAAAUGAAGCUUGGGUUAUUGUAAAUUCCUCCUAAGAUUUUAGAAGACACUUUUACCCUUAGUCUGCAAAUGAAAAGAGGAGGCGGUGGGGGCGGGGGAGAAAUAGCCUCUACAGAUUGCUUUGGACUAUUAUGGCACCUUUUGUCAAGGCUUAAGGCUCCCUCUUCCUAACUAAUAUUUUUAAAGGAAUAUGUGCCAGAAACAUAGGGAAUUGCCGCUGAGCUUUGACAGGACUAUGGAGCUAAUGAUCAAGCAUAAGGUUACUUCUGGGAGGAUUCAGACCUCUACUCUUACUCCUUCCUGGAAGGUGACAACUGGGCUGGGAAGGGAAGGGAAGGGAUAGGAUCAGUUUGGUUGGUCACAGAAACUGUCAGUGGUGAAGGGAAUUCUUUGUUGCUUGGAAGUUGACAUGUAAGUACCUUGAUGGGGCGGGGGGGAACUAUGGGUUAACCAUUUAAAGCACCAAUCGUAUAACUUUUUAGAGCAAAAAAUGAUUGCUUAUUGUUAACUGCAGAUUCUACAAAAACAAAAGCACUCACAAAAACAGUUCUAUUUGGGCCAUGAAUGAACAUGGAAGGAAAAGGCACAUUUUUUUCUUUAUAUUUUUAUUACAACAGGCUAGUAAGACCUAAGCAAAGACCUAAGGCUAAUAAGACCUUGAGUAUAUGUGACACGAGCAGUUAAAGGUUUUCUUUUCAAACCCCUUUGAAAUAAUCAUUUUAAGAGGGCACUCAAGAAAGGAAAAUCUUUUCAGUUUAUAAAGAAAUGAUCAAAGGUACCCUGCAAUUCUUCUCAUAGGCAGACCUCUAACAUAGAAAGUUACCUUCUUUACAAUGAAUUUAGGGCUCUAGUCCUGGGGACUGAGCCGCAUCAUCUUAGUGUGCCUCCAUCCACCUCCACACGAACUCAAAGUCCUAUCAUCAGACGUGACUUUCUGCUUCAGAAUAUCUUGGAUUUUAAUCACUGGAAGGACAGCCAUUAAGUUCUAAUACUUAGAAGGGAAACGAUGUAAAACUCAACAGUAGCCAUAUAAAAUAAGGAUUUUGAGUACCUGCUGCUACUGUGGUAUGGUUUAUCAUAAUGCUUAAGGGCACGGUCAGAAACUGUCACAAUUCUGUCAUCGUAGUUCCAUACAUAACCAAAACAAAAACCCAAAAACCUCCUUAGUUAUAAGUGUAUAUGUAAAAUAUAAAAACCUAGGAUUAGUUAAAAAGGCAGACAUGUCUAAUGGCCUCAGUUUUUCAGUUGAUGUAUUUCACACCUUUUUGAUGUGGGAACUGGGAACAUGUCUUUCCAUUUGUUACUGAAGGGCCCUUUGCAGUUAGGCCCAUUUAUUUAGUUACUGCUGAACUUGAAAUGCAUGAAAAGGAGUCUUAGUUAGCAUACAAAUUCAAUACGACAACCCUAUAGACAGAAACUGGCAGAUACAGCAGUUGCAUGUCCAAUAUGGUAUUCUGUCCCCAUACAACCUAAUUAUAAUCAACUUCAACUGACAGGAAUUUUCAGCAAAUAUUUUAUUUUGGAGUGCCCUAUUUCCUGAGAAAGUGCUACCUUACCUAAAAUGAUUUCAGAUGUUUUUGUUCCUCCCCUUUGAAAUAAGGUGUGACUAAGGGUGCCAACUCUCUGGACCUGGCUGUGAAUGCCACUGAAUAGUAACAAUGUAGCUGUUGUCUUCAGCACUGCUUUCAGAAGUUCAGGACCUCCCUUAAAACUCAGGCUGACAUGGUUUCAGCUUAAAUGCAGGCCAGUGCCAUUUUCAUGAGCAGACAUGCAGGGUUACAUUCAAGCAGUCUGGCUGGCCAACCCUGACUUACUAGAGGCAGGUGACAAAACCCCGAGUUUAUCCCCUGGUAAUAUACCAGGCUUUAAGUAGUUCUUUAAAAUGGAACUUAGGACGUGGCAGUACUGAGAGCUGGACUGGUAGUUUGGAGACCUGAGUUCUUGGUGUAGCUCCAUGGCUAAGCUCAUCUGCAUAAGGGGAAAUGAUGUCAAGACAGGCCUGUUUGGAAGCCUGAAUGGGAAGAAAGAGUUACUGUAAGAUGAUACACUGGAAUGGCAACACUGUAUGCUAAAGGGAACUCCAGUGCAAGCACCUUCCUGCUCAAACCAGAAUGGCAAGAUCAUUCUGAAGGGUGUCCAGAGACUGACCACUUACAGUCUUCAUGACGUAAAGCACUUCCAUUUAAAACAUAGCAGCCUUUUAAAAACGAACCGAUUAUUAAAGUCCAUAGUACCUCGAAAGGUUUGUGCUUGGAAAUGGGGCAGAAAUGGGAAUAUGCAUUUACCACAUUUACGGUCAUAUACAUAAAAGUGAAGAGUGAAGCAUGCUGAAGUGUCUUGUGGCAAGCCCCCGUCAUGAUGGCCAUUGGGGGAAAGAAGAAAAUUUUCAAAACUGUAAAUAUGCCUGCAUCUUAACCUCAUGUUUUUUGCUAACUCAUCAAGAAUAAGCAGCUGGUUUAAACAACUUUUACUGUAUAAAACUGGUGCAUGACAUCACAUCUAACAUUUGUAUCAUUCAGCUUCUUUUGAAAAUAGUUGGAGUGUACCUCUGUGUAUUGAUAAGGUUAAAAAAAAAACUCUGAAGCAUUAUAAAAAGAUCUUCACCCAAAUAAUUAGUACCUUCAGGAAUUUGUCAGUUGCCUUACAUAAGGAUGAAUAGAUCCAACAAGCACGUCUAUAAUACAAAGUAAACUAUGAUUUUAUUGUGAAAUUCUCAGAUGGAAAAUUAAAUUGAAUAUUUAUUCUGUCCAUAUCAUUUUACAAUAAUUUUACCACUUAUUUUUGUACCAUGUAUUUCAAUUGCCUGUUUAGUGAAAAAUAAACCUUUAAUUUUUAGCUUGUUUUUAGCUUCAAUUUUAUCACUGAAUUAAAGAUCCCCACCAUAAAAUGUGUUGCCAACAGCCACGUCCCAAACUCCUGUGUGAAGAAUGUUUUGGCUGCUACUUCAACCCCAAGGAAAAAACUUUGACUGCCAUCACCUUAAAAUGCCAGUCAGCAAAAGGUUUUUGUUCCCCACACUAAAAAGCAAACCCUAGGAUCCUUAAGGUCCUAAUGGACAAAAUUUUCAUAUGUGCAGAAUUCCACCCAAAUAAAUAUAUUUCUCAUAAUUCCCACCCUGCAGUCAUGCUUUCAGUUAAUUUUUAGGGCUAUAAUUUAUAAUUAGGGCAAACGGUGACAUUUCCUGUUUUCUACUUCAGUGUUUUUAACGUUCCUCCAACCUAAGCUGUACAAUUGUGGAGGAUAAAAUGAUCAACAUCUGACUCUGCCUGGAAGAAACAGUAUGAGCACAUGUGUUAGUCCAAUCUUUUGCCAGUUAGGAAGGGCGGGCAGCUUCCAGCACUACCACAGGUGAGUAACAAAAUGUAGAUAGAUGAAGCGCUUUCAAAUGGUUUUAGAGAAGGAUCAGCAAACAUAGAUAGCAUACAUUCUAAACUUGCUUUCCAUCUAAUUCGAUCUUCCUGAACCACUAGGGUUGGUUAAAGCCUCCCUGGGUCAUUCCUCAGGCGUUAUCUGGGAAACGCACUUUAGAUGCUGCUCUAAGAUAGGUCUACAGCGCCCUGGUUGCACACUCAAAUGGCUGUUUUGAGUAUACCGCAAGACUUAUAAAUCCCUUCAACCCUAAGAAUUAAGACAAUACUUAUCACCAUACAGUUUGAUAUUACUUCCAAUAAGUACAAUAUUUAUUAAACAUAUCUUCAGUUGUUUUGUUACAUAGUGUGCAACAAAUUACAAUAUUCUGCAGCCACAAAUUAUAUGCAGAGUAUGAAGAAACUAUUAAUCAGAUAGUGUAAUCUUUCCAUUUAUAACUCUACAAGGAAGAACUAGCAGAUCAGAUCUUACAUAUAACAUCUCACUAAACUUAUGCAUGGAAAGUGACAGACACUGGUAGUGCUGUUUGAUACAAAAUGGCUGAACUUCAUCUUCAGAAGACUAAACCUGACAUCUAAACAUGCCAAUAUAAACAUCAAAACAAAAUAUAUUCUAACCAACCACGGGAAACAGUCUGAUAUCAGGAAAGCAACAAGAAUUACACACAUUAUUUUAUAAACCAGCACACAAAGGUUUAAAACAGUUCUGAAAAUGAAGUUAGCUGUCUUGAGUCAAGGGAAUAAAAAAAAAGUCAGUAUUGACCAUUUACAAUCUCUGACCUUUGUGGAGACGGUAAGAAUCUGUUGUAGUGCAGCUACAUACAGUACAAUUCAGGCAAUUUUGUUUUUUCACUUGGGUUCAGAUUGCAAAUUCACUGCUGUGAGAAAAGGACGGAGGCAAAUUUUAGCAGCAACCUCCACCUGACUGCUUGACUGGAGUGCUCUGGAUUUUAACAUUGGACUUCUCUGCACCACCAGCUGUUGCUCCGGGACCCAUCCGCUUUUUAAUCUCAGCUGCCAUCGUCAUGAAAGACUGUUCUACAUUCGUUGCGUUCUUAGCACUGGUUUCCAAAAAUGGAAUUCCAAGGGAAUCAGCAAAUUCCUAAGAUGAUAAUAAGGCACAAUUAUUAUUUUUUCACUUUGUGAAUUUUUACCACCUGAAAUGGAGAGUGAGGAAGGACUGUUAACUGGACUCAAACACUACACAAACUCAUGGUCACAGUACUCCAGUGCACAUAUUUUAAAAGAUCAGAUGGUGGUGUGGCUGCUGUAUGACUCCAUAUCCAUAUAUGAUUCAAAUCCAGUUUGAUAAUCAAACUUUAAGCAUACCUUUGCUGUUGUGUAGUCUACUACUUUCUUUGUGGUCAGGUCACAUUUGUUCCCUACCAACAACUUGUUGACGUUUUCACUGGCAUAACGAUCAAUUUCCUGCAGCCACUGUUUAACAUUAUUGAAAGACUCCUAAAAAGAGAGACAUUUUUAAGUAGGAUAACAUACUGGACACAGCUGCUCUAACAAAUCAAGUGAUACCUUUCCUGGCCUGACAUACGAAUAAGAAAGAGCUAGUGAGACAACUCUAACUACAAAAUACCACUCACAGGUGCUGGGAAGUAAGUCAGCUGACAUACUCAGUAACUGUACACAUCUAAAUGAGAAAUCAGAACUUGAAGACCUGAGAAUGAAAAUACCUUUAGAGGAAAAUACACAUGAAACCACAACUCAGGAAAAUCUAAUUGUUUUAGAUUUUGCAAAUUAAAUACAGUAUAAAACCUGGUUUUUGAAGUUUGAUAAAAUUUUGGCUUAUGAAUAGACAGCUUGUUGUCUGCUGCUCUGAAAGCUGUUAAAAGAUGCUUUAUAAAUAGGUCCAAGAUAAAGAUGCCAGUUUUCUCUUCCUAAUCAUAUUUAGGGAAUGAGAAUUUUCAUUUUUAAAUACUUCACAGUACUAGGGACUUUUGAAAUUAGCAUCAUUUUUUUCUCCUCUUGAUAUCACCCACUCAUUACUUCUAACGGGCACUGAAUCUAAAUACCUGUGCUUCUAGGUAUCUCCCAAUUAGCUACGGUUUCAGUUAAGGUGGGAUUUAACAUGUGCUACAAGAAAAACAAAUUCCAUUUUUCAAAGUUUACUUUUUAUUCUUUCCUUUGAAAAGAAAGGAAAAAGAUGCUGAAAUUUGCUUUGGAUCACCCCCGCCCCAACCUUCUCCUAACAGCUCAUCUUCAGAUACUCAUUCUCCUCUUAAAGGCCUCCUUUAGCUCAUCUUAUUCAAAUCCUUUAUUCCUGCACCACAUCCUCCACAGACAGAGACCCUCAACCUCACUUUUGGCAAUUCGGACACGUGUAACUGCCAGACAAAUUCCUAAUAAUACUUGAUGCCAAAAACACAGUAUAAACCAAACCACCCACAAUCUCCUAGAAACUCUCCCCCGAAUAAUCAAAGUUAUUAAAAAAAAAAAAAAACUGGACGAUAAAUACAACCAGAGUAUCAACAGGCAUU